AUGGUCGCAGCUGUACGUGUUGCUUCUGGCAAGGAUCCAAUCGUUUUCGGGAAGCCUCACAAGGCGAUGUUUGACUACCUUGUGGAGACUGCAGGCAUAUGCGCCGCAGACACUGCUAUGGUCGGAGACCGACUCGACACAGAUAUGCUCUUUGCCAACAACUUCGGUCUGCUCUCCAUCUGUGUGCUGACUGGAACGACAACUAAGGAAGUCCUAGCUGAAGCCCGGCGUGAUCUGGAUAACAAAGGUCGCUUGCCCGACCUCGUUUACCCAACACUAGUGGAUCUCCACACACAACUUUCGAAUAUGGACGAAAACGUCAACUUGACUGCUAUUGCAGCUGUAGCGUGA